AUGGAUCUCAUUGUGCAACAGGAAACUGCUUGGGACGAGGACAUCAGUCAUUGCAAACUAAUAAAUUGUGCUUUUGUUUUACUUGUCAGUUACAAAGGUCCAUUGUUAGAUGAAGGAGCGUUGGCUCAGGCAGUCUCUCAUGGAGCCAGUUCCCCAGAAUUCACCAAACUCUGUGCUUGGUUGGUAUCUGAGUUACGGCUGUUCUGUAAACUAGAAGAAAAUGUGCAGGCAACUAACAGUCCAAAUGAAGCAGAAGAAUUUCAACUUGAAAUGAGUGGGUUGCUGGCUGAAAUGAACUGUCCGUAUACGUCGUUAACAUCGGGAGAUGUGACAAAACGCCUUCAUAAUCAAAAGAACUGUCUCUUGCUGCUUACAUACCUCAUCUCAGAACUGGAAGCUGCCAGAAUGCUGUGUGUGAACGCCCCUCCUAAAAAAGCACAGGAAGGAGGUGGCAGUGAAGUCUUUCAGGAACUAAAAGGCAUAUGUAUUGCUUUAGGCAUGUCCAAGCCUCCAGCCAACAUAACGAUGUUCCAGUUCUUCAGUGGAAUUGAAAAAAAACUGAAAGAAACCCUAGCAAAGGUUCCACCUAAUCACGUUGGAAAGCCUUUAUUGAAGAAACAACUGGGACCAGCUCACUGGGAAAAAAUUGAAGCAAUUAAUCAAGCCAUAGUCAAUGAAUACGAAGUCCGAAGAAAACUGUUAGUCAAACGUUUGGAUGUUACUGUGCAGUCCUUUGGCUGGUCAGAUAGAGCUAAGAGUCAAACAGAAAAACUGGCUAAAGUUUACCAGCCAAAACGUGCCCUCCUAUCUACUAAGUGCACUGUUUCCGUGGCAAAUCUCUUGGCAGCACGGCAGGACCUGUCAAAGAUUAUGAGAACAAGCAGUGGGUCCAUCCGAGAGAAGACUGCAUGUGCCAUCAAUAAGGUGCUAAUGGGCAGAGUGCCUGACAGAGGAGGAAGGCCCAACGAAAUUGAACCGCCGCCUCCUGAGAUGCCACCGUGGCAGAAAAGACCAGAGGCUGGUCCGCAACAGGGCGGCGGCAGAGGAGGAAGGGGAGGCUACGAAUCCUCCUAUGGUGGGCGAGGAGGUUAUGACCAUGGGGGUCACGACCGAGGAGGAAGAGGAGGCUAUGACUCAUCAUAUGGAGGGCGAGGAGGUCACGAACGAGGAGGUCAUGAACAAGGAAGCCAUGAUCGAGGGGGACGAGGAGGACGUGGUAGUUACGAUCACGGUGGCAGAGGAGGCGGCAGAGGAAACAAGCUUCAAGGAGGUUGGACAGAUGGUGGAGGUGGUGGCUACCAGGAUGGUGGCUACAGGGAGAGCAACUACAGAGAUGCAGGUUUUCAGACGGGUGGCUACCACGGUGGUGGCGGUGGUGGCUACCAAGGAGGAGGCUAUGGUGGCUACCAGUCGUCGUCCUAUUCAGGAAGUGGCUACCAAGGGGGUGGUGGUGGUGGCUACCAGCAAGACAACAGAUACCAAGAUGGUGGGUCCCACAGUGACCGAGGGGGUGGGCGUGGAGGAGGGAGAGGUGGCCGUGGUGGUCGUGGGCGUGGAGGACAAGGAGGAGGCUGGGGGGGCAGAGGGGGGCAGAACUUUAAUCAAGGGGGGCAGUUUGAGCAGCACUUCCAGCAUGGAGGUUAUCAGUAUAAUCAGUCUGGCUUUGGACAAGGAAGACACUUCACGAGGUCUCCGUCCUAUUCAGGAAGUGGCUACCAAGGGGGUGGUGGUGGUGGCUACCAGCAAGACAACAGAUACCAAGAUGGUGGGUCCCACAGUGACCGAGGGGGUGGGCGUGGAGGAGGGAGAGGUGGCCGUGGUGGUCGUGGGCGUGGAGGACAAGGAGGAGGCUGGGGGGGCAGAGGGGGGCAGAACUUUAAUCAAGGGGGGCAGUUUGAGCAGCACUUCCAGCAUGGAGGUUAUCAGUAUAAUCAGUCUGGCUUUGGACAAGGAAGACACUUCACGAGCUGA